CAGGCGCAACUCCCCAUCUUAAACUCCCGCCCAGACCUCUCUUCGACACUAUUAACACCACCUUUGCACCAGAGAUUCCUCGCGACCGAUAUUCAACCCGUCUACGGCCCAAAUUCGACCGCAAACAUGUCUCUCGUCGACGCCGAUGCAGGCACGGAGCGCUUCAGCGGCUACGAAGCCGACCUGAAGCUCGUGCAAGCCGACCUGAACCAGCAGAUAGAAGUCAUUAAGGAAUCGACCGGCGAGCCGCGGAAAGCGGCGAUCAGCAAGGCGGAGCGCGCGCUUGAGGAGGCAGAAGAGCUGAUCGACCAGAUGCGUCUUGAGAAGUCCAACAUCCCCGCGAAUCUGAAGUCUAAAUUCAACGCCCGGUUCCGUAACCUCGAACAUGACUUGGACGAAGCGAAGAGAAAGGUCCAGUCCUACUCCAGCGACCGCAGCAAGCUCUUCGGUGACCGCUAUACCGAUAACCCCGACACAGAUGCGCAGCUCGAGCAGCGCCAGCAGUUGCUCUCAGGCACCGAUAGGCUGCAGCGCUCAUCCGGAAGGCUUACGGCGGCCCAGCGCAUGGCAUUGGAGACUGAGGAGAUUGGCGCGGGCACGCUGAGCGACCUGUCGAGGCAAAGGGAGCAGAUUGUCAACACGAGGGAACGGCUGUUGGAGAGUGAAGGCUACACAGACCGCAGUAUCAAGACUUUGAAGGGCAUGGCGAGAAGAAUGGCGACGAACAGGAUUAUCACCAUUGCGAUCAUAACUGUACUUGUGCUUCUUAUCAUUGCGGUCAUUUACAGCAAGUUCCGUUAA